AUGAAGUUCUUCACCGCCGUCCUCAUCGCCGCCGCCAUCGCCGUCCACGGCGCUUCUGCGAUGCAGCUAGCCGACACCACGACGGGAACCACCGCAACUACGACCGGCACGACCGGCACUGCUACUACGGAAACAACCACGGCGGGCAGCACCGCUACUAGCACCGACACGACCGGCACCACUGACACCACCACCACUGGCACCGACACCACUGGCACUACCGGCACUACUAGCACCGACGCUACCGGCACCACUGGCACCGACACUACCGGCACCGACACUACCGGCACCGACACCACCGGUACUACUGGCACCGACACUACCGGAAUGGCUACGACGACGGAUGCCACGUCCAACUCGACGGACACUACCGGAACCUCGGGUGUCACUGGCUCUGAUGCCAGUGGUGAGGCCCCGGAGGGUGCUACGGGCUCUCUGGAGGCAAGCGGAUCCGGCGAUAGCACCACUACUGUCGGCGACUCGUCCACCGACGGAUCUGUCGGCUCGGGCUCCAGCGCUGCCGGCAGCGUCGAGCCGAUCACGUACGCAGCGUUGGCUCUGGGCGCCACGGUGGCCGCCGCCCUCUUCUAAGCCAGUCAGCCCACUUUUGACGGGUCUUGUCCAUUAGGUUUUAUGCUCGAUAAUAGCGACCAAACAUCAAUUUUCUCC